CGACCAGGACUCCUGGUCCAGGAGAUCACGCUUUCAUUAUACAAUGUAGACAUGUUGGUUGGUGUGUGGCGAGUUCAAUCAGAUGUUGGUGUGCAGCUUGAGGGGGAGAGUAGCCACUGGGGAUUUCAUUCUCCGAGCGAGGGAUUCAUCUAUUGACCGCAGUGAGUCAGUAGAUCCCGAGGGGUCUGCUGUGGCUGUAGUAUCAGUAGUAGACGAGAGUGUCUGUGAUUUAUGGGGAAGGGAGAAAUUUGAUCUGAAAAGGUUGUUGGAGGUGAAAAUUUGGCUGCUUAUUCUGUCUGUGUCUGCGGGAAGAAGGACGAGAAGAAGCUGUGGUGGUGGUGGUUUCCUCUUGUGGAAUUUAAUUGAUCUAUUCGAUUCUCUGCGUGGAGUCAUCCGAGAUGGCGAGAUGGAGCGCUUGACCACAGGAAUUUGGAAGGGAGCUGGUUGCAAGUGUUAAACUCCAGAUAUCAGGCUCUGUUGACUGCAGUCGCCCACUCUACAAUAUACCGAAUGCGACUGUGGAGCUUUGUGCUCAGAUGCCCGAGGUGGAUUGCCCCACUGAUCAAUGACAGCGGGAAGUGUCUGAGGGCUGAAGGGGUGAAAUCCGGACGGCUUGUAUCGGGUGUUACAUACCCUCAUUGUCGAGAAGUGUUGAAUCGGAAUGGAGACGCAGCAGUAGUGUCCUCGGUGGGUGAAGAAUUCACAAAGAGGGCUGGAAAUUGGCUGCGUGGUGGCCUUGAUGUCGGAUCCGUUUUGGAGUCAGCUAAACUGAAAGCACAGGGAAGGUCAGAAAAUGGUGUUCUUAGGGCACAACCUUUGAACGUGAAAGGUGACAGUUCUGAGUAUCCAGAGUCUGAUAAAUCGAUUUGCGAUAUUAGAAGCAUUGCUGUGAAUGUGAACGACGAGAUUCCGGCUGAUCACAUGGGAGAACAUGGAUGCCAGAAUGUUUCUGGUGCUGGUGAUUUGAAAAGCGGGCUUCUUAGGCCAACUUUCACGGACAACAUGACUCUGAAAAUUGACUCAGAUGGUGUCUCCAGAGGUGGGAACGACAGGCGAGGAUUCCGAGGUGUCAGGGAUCAGGGACAGAUAGACGAUUCACGUGAAUUAGGGCCUAGAAGCGCAGUGAGCUCUUGUCAGACUGGUGAGAAAUUAUUUCCAUCUGGUUCACGAGAAGGACGAGUUACAAGUGCCAAGGACUCCAUUCCUGUCAGGCUUGAGGUUUCAAACGACGUUCAUGUUGACUCUCAUGUCGUUGGAUUGGGCUCUCAAAUGAAUGUCGGGAGUAAUGUCACUAUUGCUGCUGUAGCUAACUCUAAUAGGUCUGAAGAAAUUGAACCUGAGAUGACGUUUCCAGUAGGUGCCCCAGAGAACGGUGAGGUGUCAGCGAAAGCUUCUGAGUACCCCGUCCCUUUGACUCCUUUUUCUGGAGAGAUUGAGAGGGCGAUUGAGUACCAGAGAGCAAUGGUGGCUGAGGCAGCAAUGAAGUCUAGUCCCGCUAUCUCCAGGAAUGAUAUCAUCUUCGAGGAUGAGUGGCUGAUGGUGAUAAACAAACCUUGUGGAAUAUACUCUGAGCAUGUGCUUGCUACGAUCCCAUCUUUGCUGCACAUAACUGCUCCCCUUGCAUCGGAGUCAUCCCCUCAAGAUGAGAACGGGAGUACACACGAAACUCAUCUCCACAUGGCCAACAGACUAGAUCGAGACACAAGUGGAGUGAUGGUCAUAACCAAAUGCAAACAAGCAGCUGGAAAGAUGUCGAGAAUUUUCACCAAUCGAAAGGUUCAAAAGUCUUACAUUGCUCUCUGUACUGCACCGCCACCCACAUGGAAGCACUUGACCAUCGAGUCUGGUCACGGAAGAUCGAGAUUCGGAGCAUGGCGAGUUUAUGCAAAGAGGGACAUCGGGAGAGGGCUACCAGGGAAAUGCGUAGUUCGAGAUAUGACGACUCAUUUUAUGGUCGUGUCUGUGAACAACGAGAUAGUUGCUGAGCUGAUGGAUUGUGGAGGCAUUCCUGCGGGUUGCAGCUCGUGGGAGGACCUGAAAUCCAAAACAAAUGUGGUGAUAGCAGGCGAAGAACUCAUGAACGAGGUCCAGUCCGAAGAUGCACUGCCUGAAGGCGCGCAAAGAAAGGACAGUUUGACGAAGAAUGGUGAUGAAGUGAUUAUUCGUGCCUUCCCAUUUACAGGAAGAACCCAUCAGAUUCGCCUCCACUGUCAGUACAUUGGAAUGCCCCUGAGAGGUGACGUGAAAUAUGGUGGACCUCACGUCUGGGACGGAGUGCAAUACGACCAUCACGCCCUCCAUGCCGAAACACUGUCCUUCAGGCACCCAUUCACAUCCCAGGACCUCUUUCUGGUGGCUCCGCUUCCUCAGUGGGCCAAAGAUGCCGGUAUACAAUCACUCCAGGCCUCAUCGUCGUCCUGCCGAUGAUUGUGUCCGGUCUUGUCUCUUACCUCGCUCACCAGCAAAAGACCCCGAGUCCCGAAACUCCAGGACUUCAACAGACUGGUACUCAUCACACACCAUGACAGCUAGCCUUAUUAUCCUCCUUCAAGGCUUGGAUUGUGUACGUGAGAAGUGAACAGAAGACUCUAACUUUGGCGAGAUGAACGAAAGCGGAUUUACCCUACAACCAGCGAACAUCAAGCACAAGGUACUCCUUCUCGGGCCGCUUGCUGUUAAUCGUGAUCAUUGAGCUCAGAACCAUUACAAUUUUUAGAAUCGUCUACAUGGUCACACUGUGUUUACAGAAUCGCUGUGUCGUGGCCUCCCCAGGCGAUAGUUUAUUUUCUUGCAGAAAGUUGUACAAUAUUCGACUUUGAGGCAUAACCUCAAGAUUGAGUAUGUGCGCUCUAACUCAGUCGAGUUGAACGCGUUUCUGUGUCAUCCUGAACACAUUACAUCCAGUAGGGAAGUUUGCCUCAAAAGUGGAACAGGACAGACAAACUAUCUCAAUUAUUUCAAUCAUAUAAAUGAUUGAAAUAUUAUUGAUUAUAUUGACAAUUGAUUAUAUUUCAAUCAAUUAAUACCAUUGUUGAAAUCAGGUUUUUUAAUUAACCCGAAAUUAUUUUCGAUAAAAAUCGGGUUUUUUCAC